GCCCUUUUUCUUUCUCCCACUUUGCAGAUAAUGUUAUGGACAUUGGUUUAGCGAACGAAAAAGGCGGUCAGGAACUCUCCUCUUAUUCGGGGACUUUUCAACCCGCCCCGGGGAACAAAACUGUCACUUACCUGGGGAAAUUCGCCUUCGAUUCGCCCUCCAACUGGUGCCAGGAUAACAUCAUCAGCCUGAUGAGCGCCGGCAUCUUGGGGGUGCCGCCGUCUUCGGGGGCUCUGACCAGCACGCAGAGCUCGGCGGGCAGCAUGGGGCCUCCCCAGGGCGAGGUGGACCAGAUGUACCCCGCUCUGCCCCCCUACUCCUCCUGCAGUGACCUCUACCCGGAACCCGUCUCCUUCCACGACCCCCAAAGCAACCCCGGCCUCACUUACUCCCCCCAGGAUUACCAAGCGGCCAAACCCGCUUUGGACAGCAACCUCUUCCCCAUGAUCCCAGACUAUAACCUCUACCACCACCCCAACGACAUGGGCACCAUCACGGAGCACAAACCUUUCCAGAGCUUGGACCCCAUCCGCGUCAACCCGCCCCCCAUCACCCCGUUGGAGACCAUCAAGGCCUUCAAGGACAAACAGAUCCACCCAGGUUUCGGGGGGUUACCCCAACCUCCUCUCACCCUCAAACCCAUCCGACCCCGCAAGUACCCCAAUCGUCCCAGCAAGACCCCCCUCCACGAACGACCCCACGCUUGCCCGGCCGAGGGUUGCGACCGGCGUUUCUCCCGUUCCGACGAGCUCACCCGCCACCUCCGCAUCCACACGGGUCACAAACCCUUCCAGUGCCGCAUCUGCAUGAGGAGCUUCAGCCGCAGCGACCACCUCACCACCCACAUCCGCACCCACACCGGCGAAAAACCCUUCGCCUGCGAGUUCUGCGGCCGCAAGUUCGCCCGCUCCGACGAGCGCAAGCGACACGCCAAGAUCCACCUCAAGCAGAAGGAGAAGAAGAUCCUGCCCCGCAUUUGGAUCGACGGGACCCGCACCGCCUGGAUCCCCCCGCCCGGACCUGCCCUGCCCGGGAACGGGUUGUCAACACCCGGGAUUGCCCGGUUUUCCGCAUCCCGGAUCGUCCCGACCCGCACUGCCCGGCCCCCGGCUCCCCGCACCUCGGAUCGUCCCGACCCGCACUUCCUGGGUGCCGGCUCCCCGCACCCGGAUCAUCCCGGUUCCCGGCUCCCCGCAUCCCGGAUCAUCCCGACCCGCACUUCCCGGGUCCCGGUUUCCCGCAUCCCGGAUGAUCCCGGGUCCCGGUUUCCCGCAUCCCGGAUCGUCCCGACCGCACUGCCCGGCUCCCCGCACCCGGAUCCCGGUUUCCCGCACCCCCGGUGCCCGGAUCCCUGUUUCCCGCACCCGGAUCCCGGUUUCCCGCACCCCCGGUGCCGGGAUCCCGGUUUCCCGCACCCCCGGUGCCCGGAUCCUUACUUCCCGGUGCCCGGCUCCCGGUUUCCCGCACCCCCGGUGCCCGGCUCCCUACUUCCCGCACCCGGAUCCCUGUUUCCCGCACCCUGGAUUCCUCGCACCCGCCCUCCCGGAUCCCGCCUAAACCCUACCCGGAUUGUCCGGAGCCGGUUUUCCCGGCUUUCCCGCAUCAUCUCCCGGUUCUCCCGCACCCAGUUUGGCCGGGAACCGGACGACGUGCCGAGACCAACCGGCCAAGACGUUGGGUGA